AUGCCAUGCUUCAGCCUCACCGAGUCAAAAAAUUCAUGCCACCGGUCCACCUUCGCCCGAGCCGGCCUCCGGUCUGCAAUCACAGACAUCAAAGACGGCGGUACCACCAUGCACUGCUGGGUUCCGCAGUCCCCAAACCCGUCCAAGCGCAAUCUCCUCCUCAUCCACGGCCUCGGUGUCAACGCGAUGUGGCAAUUCGUUGACCUCCUCCGCCACGUCACCCCCCAUUUCAACGUCUACGUCCCCGACCUCCUCUUCUUCGGCGAGUCGUUCACGACCCGGCCGGACCGGUCCGAGUCGUUCCAGGCCGAGUGCGUGAUGCGGGUCAUGGAGGCCCACUCGGUGCGGAGGCUGAGCCUGUUGGGGCUGAGCUAUGGCGGGUUUGUGGGGUACAGCCUGGCGGCCAAGUACAAGGAGGCGGUGGAGAGGGUUGUGAUAUGCUGCGCCGCGGUGUGCUUGGAGGAGAAGGACAUCCGGGAAGGCGUGUUUCCGAUAUCGGAUUUGGACGAGGCUGCGAGCAUUUUGGUGCCGCAGACGCCGCAGAAGCUUAGGGAGUUGAUCAAGUACACUUUUUUCAAGCCGCCUCCUCUUGGGUUGAUCCCCUCUUGCUUGCUUAUGGAUUUCAUUGAGGCAAUGUACACUGAACAUAUGAAAGAGCAGAAAGAGUUGAUUAUGGCCGUUCCCAAAAACCGAAAACUUUCAGACCUUCCCAAGAUUCCACAGCCAACCCUUAUACUAUGGGGAGAGCAUGAUCAAGUAUUUCCGCUAGAAUUUGCUUACAAAUUAAAAAGGCACUUAGGGGAGAACGCUGAGCUUGUGGUGAUAAAGGAUGCAGGACAUGCAAUUAACGUACAAAAGCCCAAGGAGUACUACAACCACAUCAAGUCCUUCUUACUCGACAUGCAGCAGCCAUCGGCAAAUAAACAUCAACAACAUUCAAAACCACUUCAAUCACUGACAUGA